UCCAUUCAGUCGCUUCCAAAACUUUCGGAAAAUGAACGCUUUUAUCGCACUGUUCGUAGCCCUGUUUGCUGUUGCCUGUGCGGCUCCCCAGGGUUCCUCAUCCGAUAGCACGGCACCGAUCGUGAGUGAUACUUCCGACAUCAAACCCGACGGUAGCUUCCAGUACUCCUACGAAACAGGAAACGGAAUCAAAGCCGAGAGCCAGGGAUCGCUGAAGAGUGUACAAGUACCGAAAGCCGAUGGAAGUGGAACCGAAGAAGCUCAAGCGCUCGUCCAAACCGGAAGCUUCUCCUACAAGUCGCCCGAUGGUACACCGAUCGAACUGAAGUAUACCGCGGAUGAGAAUGGAUUCCAUCCGGAAGGAUCCCAUCUCCCGGUGGCACCUGCUGCUACACAAUAGAACAGCUUUUAUAUUUUAUUUGUCAAGAGAUUUUUCGAAAGUGCGUGGACUGAACCAAUACAUAUUAUUUUUACAGCAAUAAAAUAUUCGCAA